AUGCCGGCGGCGCUCGCGCCCAAGGUCAAGAACCGCAAGCCAUCCGCGGGACCACAGCUCGACGCUGAAGUGGCAGAGAUCCUCUCGGACGCGCUCGACCCUCGCAACAAGUCGGCCGACACCUACAACGAGGACAUCGUCGAGGCGCACACCCACGCACACCGCCAUACCAACACACAUCGCCGCGCCGUCCGGUCGCACACUCCGAGUAGCAGCCGCUCUUCCCCUCCGACCCGACCCCAGGUGCUCGCUAAUCGGUCGCUCGCCCUCCUCUCGCUCAAGCGCGGCCCCGAGGCGCUGCAGGACGCCGCGCUCUGCGUCACCCUCAAGAAGAACUUCGCAAAAGGGCGCGCCCUCGCACACUGCGCCCCUGCGCGAGCGGCGCGAGCGCGGGAGCAGCGCCGUGCGGCUGCGGGUAGGUACUACCGCUUCGGCUGUGCGCUCGAGGAGUGCAAGAUGUACAAGGAGUGCGCGUCGGCGCGCAACUUGCUCGAGAUGGUGAUGAACGUCGAGCGGGUGAGCGACCCUCUGUGGAUGCACAAGCCGGAGCCGCCGAAGAGCGAGGUGCAGAAGCGGGCGGAGGACGCGCAGGCGGAGCACGAGCGCGAGAUGAGCCACUUGCGCGAGGAGAUCGGCAAGGCGAGCUUCGACUACGAGUACCUGCACGCACCCAUGUCCAAGUCGGACCGCUGGUACGAAGAGUCGAUGAUGGCCAAGGGCCUCAACAUGCACCUCCUCGCGCACUCGGCCGAGCUCGCCCGGCUGAUGGACGCCGCGCACGUCGACUCGUUCGCCGAGGCGAUCCGCGAGCACGUGCCUCGCAUGGCGGGCGUGGUGCUGCUGCUGGGUGGGACGAUGGGGCUGCUCCCCCUCCUCGCCCUCGAGGCUGGCGCCAACCAGGCGCAUGGCUUCUGCGCAAAGAUGGCGCACGCGUCGGUGGGGAGGCACACGCUGCUCGCCUUCGAGCGCGAGAACUGGUCGCGGCUGCCGAUGACCCUCGGCCUCGCGGAGCGGACGCGGCAGGCCGGCUCCGCGGCCUUCAAGAUGGGGCAGUUCGACCAGGCGGCGCAGGCGCUGCAGGCCCUCGGCCGAAACGGCGAGGCGCGCGACGCGCUGGCGGGCGUCAUCCAGCGCUCACGGGGCGGCAAGAACGCGGACGCCGAGCGGCUGCUGUCGGAGCUCGAGGGGCUGCCCGCGCGCGGGCCCGCGCUGCCAGGCGCGAGGGCGGGCGGCGGCGGCGGGGCGGGCGGCGGCGGGGCGGGCGGCGGCGGCGCGGGCGGCGGCGGCGGCAGGCCGCCCGCGCGGGAGGACCGCGCGCAGCGGCUGACGGUGAAGGAGGUGCGCGCGCUGCACCGCCCCUUCGACGAGCUGCGGCUGCACCACGAGCUCGAGCACAAGCCCGACCUGCUGCUGCUGACCAACUUCGACUACACGCUGCUCGGCAGCGGCAUCGUGACGGCGCUCAACAGCCUCAAGGCGGAGGAGCUGCUUCGCCCGGGCACGGCGGUGCUCCCCCCCGCCGCGCGCGUCUGGGCGAUGGCGGUGCAGGUGCUCGCGGACACGGGCGUCCCGAUCGACUCCUCCCCCGCCGAGAAGCUGCUCUGGUCGCCCACUCUCCGCCGCGUCUGCCUCGACGAGCCGCACGCCCGCCGCACUCUCCGGCCGCUCACCCGGCCAGCGGUGGUCUGCGGCUUCGACUUCCGCGCGACCGCGCCGCCCAUCAAGCCGGACAAGUGCGCGCUCGAGCUCAGCGUCGUCGAGGACGGCCGCGCCAACGCGGUCGUCUUUUGGUUCGAGAUGCCUCUCGGCGCGGGCGGCGUCGUCUCCUCGGCGCCCCUCGCCGCCCUGCCGGCCGGCGCGGCGCAGCUCGGGCUCGGGCAGGCGCUCCAGUACCUCGAGCCUGCGCCGGUGCGGGAGGGCGGCCGGCUGCUACUGCACGCGUCGCACAGCCGCACCCGCUUCCUGUUCUCGCACGCGGAGCCCGCCGAGACGCGCGUCCGGCGCGGCGCAACGCUGCCGCUGCUCGCCGCGCACAACUCGCUCGAGAUGAUGUUCACCAUCGAGGAGGACAAGCUCACGCGCAAGGGCGCCGACUGCGAGCUGCUGCCGCACACGCGCUUCGACCCGCGCUGGGAGGGCGCGCGCGUCAACCUGGACGACCAGUGGAAGAAGAUCAUCCAGGGGCUGGCCGCGGCGCCAAAGGACUCGGCCAGCCUGCAGGAGGGCGUCAUGCGCUUUGCCGCGCAGUCGGCCGCCUUUGGCAUCGACACGGGCGUGGCAGAGCGGUGCGCCCUCACCUUUCUCAGUGACUAG